CCCCUUCCGGAAGAGGAGGCGAAAGGAGCCAAAUUUGAUUUUGCAUCCUAGUACUGUAAGCUUGAGCUUGGAAAUCAAUUAUAGAUCAUGCCUAUCCGUGCCCAUUGUACCAUCUGUUCUGAUUUCUUUGACAAUAAGACAGAUGUUGCAGCUAUUCACUGUGGACAUACUUUCCACCAUUUGUGUCUCAUCCAGUGGUUUGAUACUGCGCCAAGUCGGACUUGUCCACAGUGCAGAAUCCAGGUUGGAAAAAGACACAUAAUCAACAAACUGUUCUUCGAUGUUGCCCUAGAGGAGCAGUCAGCACUGGAUGCAGAAAGUCUACAGAAUGAACUAGAUAGGGUGAAAGCUCAGCUAUCCAUGAAAGAGAAGGAAAAACGAGAUUGUCAAUGUAUUGUAAAUUCAUUGAGAGAGACAUUGGAUCUACGUAAUGCCACUAUAGAAUCACUCCAGAAAGCUGUUUCUGAGAUGGAGAUGCUGUGUUCUACACUCAAGAAACAAAUGCGAUAUUUGGAACAGGAGCAAGAGGAAACAAAGAGUGCAAAAGAGGAAACUCAAAAGUUGCGAAGGAAACUGAAAUCUAUGGAGAGAAUUGAGACCCUGCUACAGGGUCAGCGUCCUGAAGUGGAAGAGAUGAUCCGUGAAAUGGGAGCAGGGCAAGCAGCCGUGGAACAGCUUGCAGUCUAUUGCAUCUCACUAAAAAAGGAAUAUGAAAAUCUGAAGGAGUCCCAGAAAGCAUCAAAUGAUACAGUGGAGAAAUUGAGAAAGGAGUUGUUUUCUGCUAAUCAUAAGCUCCAGAAAGCUGUUCUAGAGUUGGAGAAAACAACUGAAGAACUGAAAAAUACACAGGCAGAUCUGAGAAAUGCAGAUAAAGAGAUCAUGAGUUUGAAAAAAAAGAUAGGAGUCCUACAAGAUACGAUAAAAGUGCCAUCAUUAACCAGUGAAGCACUCAAGCGGCUUGUCUCUGAAAGCCCUGCUCCUGCAGAAUUUCUGAAUCCAAAGUUUCAUCAACCUGUUGACAAUGAUGAGAUUGACCUUAAUGCUACCUUUGAUGUACAGACUCCAAAGCCUCACAAGGCAGCUGUUGCUCCUGCCAAAAAAAUCAAACUAGAUAAAAAGCCGACGUCUGUGACAAACUUAUCAAGAGUUCUAAAAGGAGCAAUGGAGAACUGCUGUACUGACACAGAUGACGAGCAUCUAGAAGAUCUUUUACCUUCUUUUAUAAGGAAGUCGGUCCUGUCCAAGAAAACUCUUGUAAACAGCGUACCUCAGAAAAGCACAGGAAUUGUAAGAAUUGGAUAUGAUGGUUUAGGAGGCAGAACCAAGUUCAUUCAGCCUAGUUUCCCAACAGAGAUUCGGCCUCUGACUAUGAAGAGCAAGAAAAGAAUUGUUUCAAAGCAAACAGGAAUAAUGCCUUCUGCUUCUGGCAUCAGUCAGACUAAACUAGACAACUUCCUUAAGUAAACAUGGAUCUCCUUAGAUUACAGAUUAAUAAAGAACCUGGAUUAUCUACUACAGUAGGUAGAUGACAUGAUGUGAGUCAGGACAAAUGCACAGUGAAGGCCGCCGGUCUCUCCAUUGUUCUUUGGUCAUCUGGUGUUCAAUUAUUUUUUCCUUCAGACAACAUGGACGACUGGAUUUAUUAUGCUGCCAGUCCUUGGGGCAGGAUGGAAUUGAAGUUUCAGUUCUAAAAUCCUUUAGCCAGUUUUUCUAGGUUACUGCUCAGUUUUCUAAUCCUGAUGAAUUAUGGUUUGGGAGUAUCAAUUUACUAAAGACACCAACAGCUAUAUUUGCAAUUGUACUAUCAACAUCUUUAUGCUUU